CUCCGCCCACUCGCUUUGUUUCUCGUUGUUAGACGAGACAGUAUAUGUGUAUAAGCGGUCGCGUUAAGGUAUAUUAUUGAGUGUAAGACCGAGAACUACAUUUAAUUUGAAUUUAUCUUCGGGUUUUAUUCGCCGCUGGCUGGCCGAUAUGAACAUGGAUCAGGCGGCGAGCCGCUACCGAACGCUGCACAAUGAGGACGAUCCCUCUGAAGGGUCCGCCAGUGCUGAGCCCUCCACCUCCUCCCAGGCUCCUAUGGAAGGCAUAAGUAACGCCACCACCACGGACACGGAAGCCCCGCCUCCACCUUACGCCAGCGUGGCCCUGGGAGCAACAGCCGCACCAGAAAGCGUGUUCUCAGGGGACUUUCCCGUGCCUCCACCUUACAGCGUCGCCACGUCACUGCCCACCUAUGACGAGGCAGAGAAAGCAAAGGCGGCGGCCAUGGCUGCAUCAGCCAUUGAGGUCAUUCCACGAGAUGAGGAUUUUCCGGUUCGGGAUGACUUCAGUGAUGCUGACCAGUUGAGGGUGGGGAAUGAUGGCAUCUUUCUGCUGGCCUUCUUUAUGGCCUUCCUCUUCAACUGGAUUGGAUUUUGCUUGUCUUUCUGUUUGACCAACACCAUUGCGGGUCGAUACGGUGCUAUCUGUGGCUUUGGUCUCUCACUGAUCAAAUGGAUUCUUAUUGUUCGGUUCUCCGAUUAUUUCACUGGAUACUUCAAUGGGCAGUACUGGCUCUGGUGGAUCUUCCUUGUGUUGGGUCUGUUGCUGUUCUUCAGAGGGUUCGUCAACUAUCUGAAGGUCCGCAACAUGUCGGAAAACACGGUGUCUUCACUUCGAACCCGCUUCUUCCUCCUGUACUAGAGGGUCGCCUCGCCAAACAUUCCUCCCUAAUGUGAAAUUCCUUGAUGAUUUGCAACCCGUCAGAUGAACUGGAGCGGAUCCCACGGAGGAAAAAGGGAAAAACAGGAGUUUCUCUGCCAAACUUUCUGAACUGAACUUGGUUAAAGGUUUUACUGCACUUUUGAAGGAGCACAGAACCACCACGUUCACACAUGAGGUUUUCACUUAAUAACUUCCCUUUUUGCUUCAGCUCGUGCGCUUCAGCUCUGGUUUAUAACUACUUUUGGAAAACUCAAAACACAAAGUCACUCAUCGGUUAUGACACACACACACACACACACACACACACACUGCAUGCGUAUUUGGUUUAUGAUAAUAUGCAGCCAAGAAGUCCUAUGCAAUGUGGUUUACCAAACCUUUAGAUGAUGAAACUAGAGUAGACUUUCAUCUUCGUUGCAUCCAGGUCAUUGGCCGAUUUGAUUGCUCCGCAGUAUUAAUAAACACAUCUUGAUCCAUAGAUAGAUUUUGACUUAUAAAUCUAGUGAAACAGUCAAACUAAAAUGUAAGAUACGAUUGCACUUUUUCUUCGGAGUUGUGUUUGGCUUAACUUUAUAUUAAUGAUCAUGUAACAUCAUUGAUGUCUUUCAAACUGGAAAAUGAAUUUGUACUUUUUGCCUUUUGCACCUUCCGGAUUUUUUUGUUUUUUUUUAAUGAUUAUUGGUUGUUGUAAGUAGUCACUUGCUCAAGCCGUGACCUGCGUAGAUGACUUCUUUAGUUUCUGGAAUGAGUGGACGCUGCUGUCAUUUGCUUCUAUUCAUCACAAGCUUCUUUAGCAGAAUGGCAGACUGAAGAAAGACCCGGCGACCUAAUUCACUAGAGAAGCAGGCGUACACUGGUAACUGUGUGUAAAACAACCAAACUAUUUUGUUGGAAAAGCUGAGUUGGUAUUCUCUGAUUGGCAGAGAUUGAUUGAUUUGUGUGAUGUUUAUUCUCUUGUCUCGCCAAAUGCCAAUAAAAUUUGGAAUCUCG